AUGAUUUGGAGGCAUCGAAGCACAAUACUCCAAACGUUUUUGGUUACAAACCUUUUGUUCAACUCAUUCCUGGCUGUAAGUGGUCACUGUUUAUAUUACUUUAGGUCUUUAUUGGUCAUUUUUUAAAUUGUUUUAGUUUUUUUGGCUACUUUUUAUAUUGUUUUAGUUCUCUCAAUGUUUGCACGGUUAUUUUUUUCAAGAACAAGGUUAAAUUACGUUCAAAAAUGAGGAAGAAACCUACAAAUAGACUUGUUUUUUAGUUUAGUUUGUUACCUAAACAUAAAAAGUAAAAAUUUCAGUUAUUACCUUUAAAAAAGGUAAUAUUCUACCUUAAAAAUAGCCUAACAACUGCAUGUUUAUCAAACUGUCAAUUCUAAAACACUAAAAGUAACACUUGACCCUUCAGAAACCCCUAAACCGAGAAAAACGGCAAAACUUUGGCCAAGCCCAGCCCACAACCUGUGUUUGUGCCACAGUACAACAAGGCUGUUGUGGUGGUCAACAGCAGUUCCAACCGCCUCAAGGUGCGGAUUGUGGAUGUCAGCAGCCCUUCCAACAACCCCCACCUCAACAACUUCAAUCUCCGCCAUGCCCAUGCCAAAGCGGUGCACAACAAGCACCACCAUGCCCAUGCCAAGGUAACCAGCAGUUUGGUGGACCACAGCAAGCUCCACCAUGUCCGUCAUGUCAAGGGCAACAAGCACCACCUCAGUUCGGAGGUCCUCAACAGAAUCCACAACAAUUUGGAGGUCAACAGCCACCGUGCCCAUCGUGCCAGAGCCAGCAAGCACCACCUUGUCCAUCAUGUCAAGAUCAGAUGAAUGCUCCACCUCAGUUCCAGCCAGGUCAAGACUGCCCAUGUGAUGCUCAACAGGCUCCACCGUGCUCAUCGUGUCAAGGACAACAAGCUCCACCUCAAUUCCAACCUCAAGGGCCACCUUGUCCGUCAUGUCAAGGGCAACAAAUGCCACCACAGUUUGGAAGCCCUCAACAACAGCCACCGUGCCCAUCGUGCCAACAAGCUUCACCACAAUUUGGAGGUCCCCAACAAGGUCCACCAUGCGCUUCUUGUCAAGCUCAAGGUUUCUUUGAUCAGGUAGGACCUCAACAAUCGCCAGCUGGGUGUGGACCGUGUCAGGGAGGAGCUCAACAAGCUCCACCAUGUCCAUCGUGCCAGAGUCAGCAGGCUCCACCAUGCCCGUCAUGUCAAGGUCAGCAGGCUCCACCACAGUUUGGAGGCCCACAGCAAGCUCCACCAUGCCCUUCAUGUCAAGGUCAAGCUUCUCCACCCUUCGGAGGACCUCAACAACAACCUCCAUGUUCAUCAUGUCAAGGUCAGGCUCCACCUCAGUUCAAUGAUCAACAACAGUUUGGUGGUCCUCAACAAGGCCCACCUUGUCCAUCCUGUCAAGGUCAACAAGCUCCGCCAUGUGCUUCAUGUCAAGGUCAACAGAUACCACCACAGUUCGGAGGGCCUCAACAACAGCCACCGUGCCCUUCUUGUCAAGGACAACAAGCCCCACCGUGCCCGUCAUGUCAAGGCCAGCAAGCUCUACCUUGCUCAUCGUGCCAAGGCCAACAGUUCCAACAGCCUCCGUGUCCAUGCCAAGGAGAUAUGCAACAAGCUCCACCUUGUCCAUGUCAACAACAACAGUUCCCUCCCAUGCCCCAACCGCAGCCCAUCGUGCCGCAGGCUUCUGACUGCUGUGGAUCACAACAAGGAGCCAACUUUGCUCCAGGACAAAGCCAGUAUGAGCCACUUUCUUGUACUUGUGUUCAAGGUAAGGGUGAUUAAAGUUGACAUACUUAUAAUAUCAGGUCGUCCGAAAAUGAAUGAGCUACUCAAAAGUCUUGCUUUGAAAAUGUUGGCUCAUUCAUAUUUGGAUAAGGCAAUAGAAUAUAAAUCUAUUUAUUAUCACUUCUCUAAACCUACUUUUCGUUUAGUCACCAUUAAGCAGACGAACCCAGACCAAGCCCAACCCAGCUACCAGCAACGUAAGAGGCUAGCCAAUAAAAACAUGUAACUCAAUUUUUAGAAGACCCAUGUUGUCAACAACAACAACAAGAUCCAUGUGCUUGCCAACAACAAAUGCAAGCCCCACCAUGCCCAUGCCAAGGACAACAACAAGCACCCCCAUGCCCAUGCCAACAACAAAUGCAAGCCCCGCCAUGCCCAUGCCAAGGACAACAACAAACUCCACCUUGUCCAUCGUGCCAAGGACAACAGUUCCAGCCACAACAAGAUCCAUGUUGUCGUCAGCCUUUCCAACAGGUACCUAAUACUGCUUACAAUGGAAUGCCAGACCAGUUUGAUCAACAAUUCGGAGGUCAACAAGCUCCACCAUGCCCGUCAUGUCAAGGUCAACAGUUCGGACAAGGUCAAGGGCCGCAAUUCCAACUAAGCCAAGCAGGACAACAGCCUCAAUUCCAGCCAGGACAAGGCGCUCCAGGCCAGGGUCAGCAGUUUCAGCUGGGACAAGGCGCUCCAGGUCAAGGGCCUCAGUCCCAACCAAGCCAAGGCCAACAACCCCAGUUCCAGCCCAGACAAGGCCAACAACCCCAAUUCCAGCCCGGCCCACAACAAGACCAGUUCGCAGGUGCACCAUUCCAGAAUCGCCAGGCUAUGACCCAAACCGUCGCCCAAUGCGUUUGCCAACCUCAACGACCGUGCCAAUGCUGA